AUGGCUCCCUGCAACAUCUCAAUAGACACAAAGACGAGCACAAAGGCCCAGAAUGUAGUAGACGACUCUGCAUCCAGUAUCGGCGGCGCUUCAAGCGUCUCCUCAGAUGGCAGCACCCGCCGUCGCCGCCGCCGCAACCGCAACAAGCAAGUCGCCCAGCCAAAGGGAACCCUCCCUGCCCCCACCGUAAUCCCGCGCCUCUCCGAGUCCAAGCCCGCACGGCUGCAAAUCGGCCUGAACCUCGACGCCGAGCUCGAGCUGAAGGCGAGGUUGCAGGGUGACAUUUGCCUCACGUUGCUGGUGCAGAGAAAACACUUCUCGGAGCGCGAUUCGACCGAGCUGAAGCCGAACUACCGCGGGAUCGUCGACGUAGAGGAGAUGUUCCACAUGAGGGUGGGCAAGCUGAGGUUCAGGAAGACGUGGUUGGAUCACGACGUCAGCCCGAGCUUGACGGCUGCCGUCAUGUUUUCGAUUGCGAUGGGAGGGUUCAUUGCGGGAUUUGCGGCGUCGAGGUGGCUUGACACUUGGAUGCUGGCGAUACCGCCGCCGUAUUUGUGGUGA